CUCUAUGGUUUCUUCCUCUUGAUCACAGAAAGGACAAACCUCGGAAUGGGGCAAGCCUCUUUUAGCAAGUCGGUCUGCCGUCCAACAUCGAUUGUUGAUAGCUAACCAAAUAAAGAACUUGCACCGUAGUGGAGCCCAACUCUUCCAAAUCUUUUUCCAUGGUGCAAAUUUGAUGGUCCCAACAAAGAAAGCCGCAUAAGCCGAUUUGCUGGAGUAAGCACCUGACUGAGUUAAUUUCCAUCUAAACUGAUCAGGUACAUCCUGCUGCAAGGUCAAGCCCUCUACUAGAUCCCAAAUAUGGAAAUAUUCUUCAAAGACUUGGACAGUGCGUGCCCCCUUGAUAUCAGCCACCCACCUCUGAUUAGUUAGAGCCUCAGCAACUGUCCUUCUGUUGAGAGAUCUCUUGGGAAUAGCUUUGACCAAAUUUGGGGCAAGAUCGCUAAUGGUACUUCCAUUCAGCCACCUGUCCUUCCAGAAUAAAAUUGAUUCUCCAUUACCUACAAUACAGUCAACUGCUAGGUGAAACAUUGCUUCUGCACACUGAGGAAUUUGAACAUGAAAACCAGCCCAAGGUCUUGAGGGAUCUGUUUUUUGGGCCCAGAGCCACCGGAUCCUUAGGGCCCAGCCAAGCUUUUCUAAAUUAUGGAUACCCAAUCCACCGUACUCAAGCGGGCGCUGAACCCUUUCCCAUGAAACUAAAAAGUUGCCUCCAUUUGCCUGUUCCUGCCCUUUCCAUAAAAAACCUCUCCUCCUUUUAUCCACUGCCUUGAUUACCCAUUUAGGGAGAUCAAAGGCAAUCAUUAGAUAAAUGGGGGUGGCUGUCAUGACCACCCGCACCAUAAUCAAGCGACCAGCCCUAUUCAUUAGCUGUGCCUUCCAUCCUGGGAGAAGAUCAGCCACUUUAUCAACUACUCUGUUGACAUGCCACAGGAAAUGAAAGCACAAGGUGUACAAGAAGAUCGUUUGGAGCUCCUCAAAGGUGUCAGUGGGUCUUUUAGGCCUGGUGUGCUGACAGCACUGAUGGGCGUCAGUGGUGCAGGAAAAACUACUUUGAUGGAUGUGUUAGCUGGGAGAAAGACAGGCGGGUACAUUGAAGGAGACAUCUGCAUUUCAGGAUACCCAAAGAAACAAGAGACCUUUGCACGUGUAUCAGGAUACUGUGAACAGAAUGAUAUCCACUCGCCACAGGUGACGGUCUAUGAGUCCUUGCUUUUCUCAGCAUGGCUCCGGCUUCCCAAGGAUGUCGAUUCAAACACAAGAAAGAUCUUCAUUGAGGAGGUGAUGGAGCUUGUGGAGCUCAAACCACUGAGAAAUGCUUUGGUUGGACUUCCUGGAGUGAAUGGUCUGUCAACUGAGCAGAGGAAAAGGCUUACCAUUGCUGUGGAACUUGUUGCAAAUCCAUCGAUCAUCUUUAUGGAUGAGCCAACCUCAGGGCUUGAUGCCCGAGCAGCUGCAAUUGUGAUGCGGACGGUGAGGAACACCGUUGAUACUGGUAGAACUGUGGUCUGCACAAUACAUCAGCCUAGCAUUGACAUAUUUGAAGCAUUUGACGAGCUUUUCCUUAUGAAGCGUGGUGGAGAAGAGAUCUAUGCUGGUCCACUUGGACAUCAUUCUUCAGAUCUUAUCAAGUAUUUUGAGGGGAUCCAAGGGGUCAGCAAAAUUAAAGAUGGCUACAAUCCAGCAACAUGGAUGCUGGAAGUGACCACAACUUCUCAGGAACAGAUUCUAGGUGUUGAUUUCAGUGACAUAUACAAGAAAUCUGAACUCUACCAGAGGAACAAGGCGUUGAUAAAGGAAUUAAGCCAUCCGGUGCCAGGUUCAAGUGACCUGCAUUUCGCUAGCACGUACGCACAGUCUUCCAUCACACAAUGUGUGGCUUGCCUGUGGAAACAGAACCUGUCAUACUGGAGGAAUCCUCCUUACAAUACUGUUAGGUUCUUUUUCACUACCAUCAUUGCUCUCCUCCUUGGCACCAUCUUUUGGGACCUAGGUGGCAAAGUGUCUACAUCACAAGAUUUGAUGAAUGCCUUGGGAUCAAUGUACGCUGCAGUGAUUUUCAUCGGGGUCAUGAAUUGUACCUCAGUUCAGCCAGUGGUGGCUGUGGAGCGGACAGUCUUUUACCGUGAAAGAGCUGCUGGCAUGUACUCAGCUUUCCCAUAUGCAUUUGGCCAGGUUGUCAUUGAGCUCCCAUACGCACUGGUUCAGGAUAUUCUAUAUGGUGUCAUAGUGUACGCCAUGAUCGGGUUUGAGUGGACGGCUGCCAAGUUCUUUUGGUACCUCUUCUUUGGGUACUUCACGCUGCUCUACUUCACAUUCUAUGGCAUGAUGGCUGUUGGGCUAACACCUAACUAUCACAUCGCCUCGAUCGUCUCCUCGGCAUUCUAUGCCAUCUGGAACCUCUUCUCUGGGUUCAUCAUCCCCCGACCGAAAACACCGAUCUGGUGGAGGUGGUACUGUUGGAUAUGCCCCGUGGCAUGGACGCUGUACGGGCUGGUGGUGUCACAGUUCGGUGACAUCAUGACAGAGAUGGACGACAACAACAGGACUGUGGUGGUGUCACAGUACGUUGAGGACUACUUCGGCUUCAAGCACAGCUGGUUGGGGUGGGUGGCAGCCGUGGUGGUAGCAUUCGCUGUGCUCUUUGCGGCCCUAUUUGGCUUUGCCAUCAUGAAGUUCAACUUCCAGAAGAGAUAAUGACGAUAGGAGCUGGGAAAAUCACCUCCUGGACAAGGGAUUUUGCAUUCGUUGGGUCGUGCAAGUAAAUUUGACUGUGUAUAUUGGGAGAGUCCGCCAAAUCUAUGGAUUCUUUGAUUAGUUAAAGUUAUACUAGCAGUUAUUGCUGCUUUUUUGGGAGGAUGAUGGCGUAGUAUUUAAAGAAUAUUUCACACACCUACUAGUAAAUUUUGUAAGCUUGUAGCUCCUUGCAAAGGAUUAGUUGAAGGCAAGGAAAUACCUCGUGUGUUGCUGUUGACUUAAAGCAUAUACGUACUAUUUUGAUACGUGUAUAUUUGACUUAAACAUAUACGUACUAUUUUGAUACGUGUACAUCAGUACUAGAAGAUUGCAAGUACAUGAGAAAGAAUCA